GGAAAAGCCAUGGCAAGUGUACUACUUCCGUCUUCUCCCCCCAGCGGAUACAGAGAAAUGGUAAGAGAAUUUAUGGUGUUUACUAUGAAAAUAAAGACAUUUCGACGUCAUUUCAACAUCAGUCAUACGAUGAGCAGUAUAUUGAAUAUGACAUUAUUCGUGGUUUACGCGAGGCUUGCGUUAAUCCGUAUGUUUAUCGCUAGAUUUGGUUUGGUAGCUAGCAAGCUAGUUAGCUAACGUUAGCAUCCCCACCCAAAAUGUGAAAUCAUCUGUUUUUAGCUAGUGAUGUAGCUAUAAGGUAAGUUUGCUAGUUUGGAAGCUAGUACCAAAUACUGUAAAGUAAAGUAAAGUAUCCUUUCAAAUGUAUGCAUAAAUAUAAACAUACAUUUUCGGGUAACUAGCUAAGUAAGUUAGUUAUCUGUAAUAGUGCAUCAGGUUCUUUGAUGUCACUAUGAAGCAGGUAAAUAAAAAAUGAAUACCAUGAGUAAAGAUCCGCAUGCCACAUUGAAAAUAUACCGAACACUAGCUGGUAGAAGAGGGUAGCUAGUUAGCUAGCAACAUGGAAAUAUUGCAAGUCAGGCAGCCAGCCUAGGUAUUUAAGACAGCAAAUGUUGUCUGUCACAUUUGCUGUCAUUUGUCCUCACCAGCUAGCUGGAUCAUUCCUAUGAUGCGGUGCCUUUUCUGUCCCCAGGAAAUAUCAGUUCUUAUUUACUGUAAAAUGUGGAUUCCAAAAGGCUUUAAAUAUAUCCUUUACCUUAAACACCAACAUAUGGAUCUUGAAAGGGAAUUUUAUGCAUUUUAAACACUUUUUGUAAGUGGAUGUAGGCGUUUUUGCCAUGUCCCCAGGUGUUAUUUAUCAACUUCCACAAGAAAUAUAAGCAAAAGAUGUUUCAAAUCUUUCUUCAUUCUUUUAUAUUCUAGUUAGUCUGUUUCAUCAAUAAAGUUUUUAAAUGAUUAUUGUAUUUAUGAUUUUAUUUAGGUUUUCCUGUGUGUCCCUGAUCACGUUCCACCCUGUUAGUUUGUUGUAAUUCUCCAUUUAAGAAAACAACCCCUUCCUACAAUGACACCACAUUCAGGAAGUGUCAUGAUUUCUUUGGUGGGAAAACAAUGGUGCAAAGCUAAAUAAAUAUAAACACUCAGUUGUCUAUUUGUUCAUGUUGUUAGUCUGUAUGUCCCACUCAUACAUUUCCACCCUGUUAUGCUAAAUUAUAUAGAAAAAUGAACAUGUUAAAAUGUUUGAUAGAGAAGUUAAAAUCCUGUUCAAGUGUUCACCAUUAUGCUAGCUCAAUCUUGCUCAAUCACAGAGCUAUGGCUAAUUUAGGCUCAACAUUUCUACCCUGUUAGGAUUAUGCACCUAACAAAUUGGAAAAUAAACCCAAAAAUGUAAGUGCCUGAGCUUGACCAAUUUGUUUUUCUGAAAGGCAAACCAGUCCUUUUUCUGAUAUAUGUAUGUGUGUGUGUGUUCUCCUAAAGUUGAGGUGCAAAUGGCAGCGCAUAGUAGGAAUGACCCAGCUAACUAUGCACUAGCCCCUGAUCAUGACUCUAGGUUUCAUUACAUUAUACAUAAGAGUCAUUGGACGAAGGCAUCUUCUGUAUGGGGGACUUUUGGUUAGAGCCCUAACGCUCUGUCUGAACUAGCCCAAAGGCCGGCAGAUGGCGAUAUUGAUCUGGUAUUGAGGGUUUCAUCUUACCGUCCAAACGCAUUGUAUGCAGCUGGCAAUACACUCGUAUCCCCCGUGGACCGGUUCGUACCGAAAACAUUCUCCAUUCAGGCUGUAAAGACAUCAAUUUCCUCCUUAACUAUAUGUAUUAAUGGCGAGAAGGUGUGGGGGAAAAUAUGCGUACUUUCUUUAUGAAACACAAUGUUUUCACCACCAUGCUAGUGGCUAAUGCUACUUCUUGAUGUUGCGCCCUGCGUUCAAUUAGGGGUAAACAGACUGCUGCAACCUGUUUGGCUGACCGCGAUACGCAACAUCCAGGACUAGCAUUCCUAAGCGUUAGCCACUUCAGCAUAGUGGUGGAAAAAUAGUGUUUCGUAAAGGAAGUAUGCAUAUUCCCCCAAAAAAUUCAUUCUACUGCUGUAAGGCCUGAGCCAAUGUGUACACACUGUCCUUAUCUAUUAUAGUGAUUAUUCAGUGUGAAACAGUGGUGGUGUACAGUACAUUGGUAUGGUGAACUGUGAAUUUAAUGGUGCAAUUGUUCAGACCCAUGUAUGGCCAUGAAAGGCUUCAGUGUGACUAGGCCUAGGCUAUAUUCUAGGGGUUUCAGUAUGUACUCAUGCGGUCAAUAUAUUUCCUCUUUUUACAUUUGAGUCACUCAGGGUGUAUCAACUUAAGCAGUCAACAAUUCUUUUAAUUUUUUUGCACAAGGUUAGGCCUAUUUGAACUUUUACUGACUGUGUUGGUGAGUUUCUGUGAUGGUGAAAUCAGUGUUGAGCUGUUAGAAACCACAGUGUCAAAUCUGACUUAUUAUUAUUAUCUGCACUGCAGCCUCAGCCAUGAGCCAUUGCUAUGGAAGAAACAUUAUGCCAAGAAUUCUAGCUGCAAGUCUAGGCCUGCAUGCUUGACAGUACUUUUGCCUUCAGUUCGUAAGGAGGGGUGGUGGUGUGGGAAUAAGGGUAAGGGCCGUUUAGCUAAUAGUUUGAGGAUAGUAGGGUGGCGCGAGGCAGUAUUUGGUGGGCAUGGGAAAGAGAGACGGAGGCUUCCCUCUUUCUCAUCUUCUAACGUUUCUUUCUCCUAUCCCUUUCUUCUCUCCCUCAGACAGCGACUCUGCGCCCGUACCUCAAUGCUGUGCGUGCCACGCUGCAGGCCGCCCUCUGUCUGGAGAACUUCUCCUCUCAGGUUGUGGAGCGCCACAACAAGCCAGAGGUGGAGGUCCGGUGAGUGUCUCUGUCUUUGUUUGUGUGUAUGUGCGUGAGAGUGUGUUUGACCUUGCAUGUGUAUGCUAUCCCCCUCAGGAGCAGUAAAGAGUUGCUGCUGCAGCCAGUCAUCAUCAGUCGUAAUGACAAGGAGAAGGUUCUUAUCGAGGGCUCCAUCAACUCAGUCCGAGUCAGCAUCGCUGUCAAGCAGGUCAGGGAUAUUAUUUAUUCCAAUGUGUAUAGUCUAUAACCUGUCCUUUACUGGUGCAGUUGACAGGCUUGAUUUUGGUGACAUUCAUGCUUUAUUUAAGCAAUAAGGCCAGAGGUGGUGGGGUGUAUAUGGCCAAUAUACCACGGCUAAGGGCAUGGAUACAGCCCUUAGCAGUGGUACGUUGGCCAUAUACCACAAACCCUCGAGGUGCCUUAUUGCUAUUAUACAAGGGUUACCAACAUAAUUAGAACAGUAAGCAAUAUGUUUUGUGUCAUACCUGUGGUAUAUUGUCUGAUAUACCACAGCUUUCAACCAAUAAGCAUCCAGGAGCCAAACUACCCGGUUUAUAAUUAAGCAAUAAGGCACUAGGUGUGGUAUAUGGCCAAUAUUCCACGGCUAAGGACUGUUCUUAUGCACGACGCAACGCAGAGUGCCUGGAUACAGCCCUUAGCCGUGGUAUAUUGGCCGUAUACCACAAACCCCUGACGUGCCUUAUUGCUAUUAUAAAUGGGUUACCAACGUAAUUAGCAGUAAAAAUACAUGUUUUGUCAUACCUGUGGUAUACGGUCUGAUAUACCACGGCUGUCAGCCAAUCAGCAUUCAGGGCUCGAACCACCCAGUUUAUAAUAAUACUUUGGGAACACCUAUCUUUUUGUCAUUGUCGUAACCCAAACAGAAGUGCAUAGAUGGAAGCGCAGCGGUUCCCUUUUUUCUCUGUUCUGUGAGGCUGAUUGUGUGUUGGUUUGUCAUAGACAUGAAAUGUACUACUGUGAUUCGUUUUUUUACGACCUGGUGAUGAUUGGUUACUAUCAGAGCUGCUGUCCUGUGAUUGGUGGGUGCUGAGUCUGACUGCUGUGUGAUUGGUGUGUCCCUGCAGGCGGAUGAGAUUGAGAAGAUCCUGUGCCAUAAAUUCAUGCGCUUCAUGAUGAUGAGAGCUGAGAACUUUUUCAUCCUGAGGAGGAAACCAGUGGAGGUAAGAGGAGAGGACUGGUGGUACAACCAACAUUAUAUAUUUUUUAGUUGGAAGAUCUCAAACUUUUCACAUUAAGAUAAUUACCUGAAGUCUGUUCUCCUCUUAGAGGUGGUCAUAUUUUCACUCAGACAAAAUAUUCUGUAAGAAUUGGGAUUACAAAGAGCAUAAUGGUCCGCUCAUUCCCCCCUCCUUUAUCUCUCCCUCAUUCGUCCGCAGGGUUAUGACAUCAGUUUCCUCAUCACCAACUUCCAUACGGAGCAGAUGUACAAGCACAAGCUGGUGGACUUCGUCAUCCACUUCAUGGAGGAGAUCGACAAGGAGAUCAGCGAGAUGAAGUUGUCUGUCAACGCCAGGGCCCGUAUCGUCGCAGAGGAGUUCCUAAAAAAUGUGAGUCUGUCUCCAUAUCUGUCAGUCUUUUCACCUAGAAGUUGCAGUUUUAUCUGACAUCCAUGUUUUUGACUUACGCAGUUCUAAGAAAAUUCCCAAACAUUCCUUACGCUGAUCACGACCGUCACCAUGGUUUCUCUGAGGGUGCGCAUCACAGGACGGAGAGAGGGGCAAAAAUUGUGACCAGUCAUUCACAAUGGAAAAAAGAUGCAUCAGACCAAUGGGGUGUUGCCCUACAUCAUUGAGGUAUACCUGUGCUCAGAAAUAUUGAUGUUUGUACAUAAUGAAUAUUCACAGCCUCGUUUAAUUUCUGCCUUUUAGAAGAAAGCAUUAAAUCAGGGCGAGUCCUUAAAAUAAUACCCUAAUCAAUAUUAAUGAGCACAGGGAAAUGCAUGGAGAUUUCUGAUAAUUGAAACUAUUUGUUUUUUUAUAUAAAUAUUAUAUUCACAGAAUGUUUUGCUAAGUUUUUGUUACGACACACCUUCAACCCUGAGGAAAAAUGUAUUGGUGAAUAUGUUGUCUUAAUACACACAGAGCAGACCCUAUCAUUGAUGGAAAUGAUUGUGAUGAUGAUAGUGCUGGCGGUGAUGAUGAAUAAAUCCCUUUAUCGUU